CCUCCUCGCUCGUCGGCGCUAGUUUUAUUUAAAGAGUGAAUGAGGAGAGCGCAGUUUUUCUGCUGUGGAUACUGUUUGAAUCAAAUAUGUCUCACACUGUGACUCUCACCGGUCCCUCGCCGUGGGGUUUUCGUCUGGUGGGCGGACGGGACUUCAGCACACCGCUCACUAUUUCAAGAAUAACACCUGCGAGUAAAGCAGCGCUGGGCGAUUUGUGCCCUGGAGACACCAUCCUAGCCAUCAAUGGAGAAAGCACAGACACCAUGACACACAUGGAGGCUCAGAACCGCAUUAAAGCCUGCACAGAUCAGCUCGUGUUGGCCAUCAGCAGAUCUGGAAAGGUUUGGUCUCCAAUUGGAAUAGAAGAAAACAAGACGAGUCCGUACACCGGCACACUGGAGUCUGAGUCACAGACCUUUCGACCAAUCAGCAGCGGCUAUAGCCCCACUCCCAUGAGUCCAUCCCCCAAGAGUCCCAUCACAGGCUCUGUGCCCUACAAUAACGGCAACUCCAGACCUACAUACAACAAUCCAGCAGGCCUGUAUUCACACAAUAACGGAAAUGGUGCCCUACCGAAGCAGAUGGCAGGCCUCAGCCUGGGCUCCCCUCACAGUUUCAGUCCUGAACUGCCAGUGAAUUCAUCAGGCAACCCCAACGGUUUCGACACACAGUCAGACGUCUACAGGAUGCUUCAGGACUAUGAGGAACCUGUGUCAGCUCCCAAACAAUCUGGCUCCUUCAAAUACCUGCAGGGAAUCCUGGAAGCUGAGGAUGGGGGGGUCUCACCUGUGGACAGACAUGGGGUCAGAGGCGUGCGUUCCCCUGUCAAAUCCCCCGUGCCAAAGCUGGGCAGCCCCAUUACGGCUCCUCUGGCGCCCAUCUCCGGCUUACAGAAGCUGCCGCAGUGCACACGCUGCGCAAACGGCAUUGUGGGAACCAUCGUGAAGGCCAGAGACAAGCUCUAUCAUCCCGACUGCUUCAUGUGUGACGACUGCGGGCUGAAUCUAAAGCAGAGAGGAUACUUCUUCAUCGAUGAGAAUCUGUAUUGCGAGACGCACGCCAAGGCCCGUGUGCAGCCUCCUGAGGGCUACGACGUGGUGGCCGUGUAUCCCAACUCCAAAGUGGAACUGGUCUAAGCACGCACACACUCGUUAACCCAAACACACUCACACACACAGGUUUUCCUUGAGGAUUCAGCUUGGCGAAGUGGAAAUGAGAAUAACAAACUGAAAUUUCUUUUUCAGUCCCUGCUCAACUUUAACCUGGACUCUGUAGUUUGUUAACCUGCAGUUCACCUCGUGCUGAAAUCGAGCAGCACUUAUUCCUAGGUUAGACAGCCUUCCUAACAUUCGUACAGAGCAGUUUGGUGUUGCUUUAAAGAGGAAAGUUUGAAACGCAAGAUAACAGAAUAGACAAAACGACAUGUUCCAGAAGAACAUCUGUUCACCUAAAUUCCAGUGGCACACCAGCGAUUUAUUUUUCUGAAAGCUGUGGUGAACUGAGGUGCUCGAAAAGACCACGAAGAAUGUCUCGAGCCAUGCGGAAAAUGGAAAUGGUAUUCAUUUAUUCAGAAUGUUUGGGACGGUGUGUUUAUUCUUUGGCUAAGAAGCCAAGACGUGUGUUGUUUUUUUCCGAUGAUCUAGCUUCCAUCACCAAACCCAACUUUAUCUUUGCCGUAAACCGACGAAAAUGAGACUGCAUUAGGAAAACUGCAUUUGAUUGGCUCUGAGCAAAUUUAUGCUAUAUGCAUGUUGUACGUGAAUGUGAUUUGACACCUAAUGACAAUUUUCUGUAAGUUUCUGUCGCAAAUAUGCAUUGCAUUCUCAGAAGAAACGUCUACGGGCUGUUUUCUCGUUCACAUCAGCUAUCAUCAUGAUGAAGCAACCAUUAGAAGAGAAUAUUGCUAAAUCAGACCACACACACCAGCAUCUUUUAUCUAUUUAGGAUGUUUUCUGUCAUAAAGCUAGCUAGCUGAAAACAUUUCUAGAUAACACCUCCUUGAGUACUGAUGUUCGUUACUGCCCCCGUAACGCAAAAACACACGUUAUGCACAAUAGCGUCACAUGGUCCAAAUGUGUUGGCCGAGCAAUUCUGACUGCGUUUGCAUAUUUGCGUACAGUAUGUGAUUUAAACUAGAUUUAUUUCGAUGGCUUGGAUGACUUCAUGUAAAACGAAACCAGAAUAGUAAAGUAGAUAUACUUUUUUUGGCUUUUCAUUAAGUGGUGAGGCUUUUGUAAAUUCUGUAAAAAAUGAGAAAUGUUUGUUUUUCUAGUUUCUUAUGAAUGAUAUAUAUGUGUGGGUUUUAAAAACAUGUAACACAUAACUCUACUUUGUUGUACUAAGGACCUUCUGUAAAUAAUUUGAAUGCUAACAGAUCAUCUUUCAACAGAAAACAGUUACUUAGUCAUUUUAGUGUAAUAAUGUGUCAUUCCAACCCCUUCUGACUUUCUUCUGUGGAACACAAAUGAAUAAUGCUCAUAGUGUACAGAUGCAGUUAAGCUACUAAAAAGCAGCAUGAAAGUAUUAUAAAAAUAGUCUGUAUGACUUGUGUGCUGCAGUGCAAGUUCUCUGAAGCCAUACGAUAAAAUUGUGUGCAAAAGACCAAAAUUGAAGUCAUUAUUGUGUUGCAGGUCAGUUUGACUCAUAUUGCUUUUUCAAAACCGCUUGAUAAUCACACUGGUUUAACUAUUUAUUUCUUCUUAAAAUUCUGCGACUGUUUCUCAUUUACAGUCAUGAAUGUGUAUGCAAAGUUUCAACGCACAUAUUUUUUUUUUUUUAUAAAAUUAGCCAAAAAUCAACCAUUUGGAAAACAGCAAAUAGUUUCGUUUUUUCACAAGGCUUUGAGAAUCUGACAUAACAAAAGAGCAGAUGCUAUUUACAAUAAGUACAAAUAAUAUUAGAUACAAUUUAUACUUAGUUGUCAUGAUUUGAAUCUCGGUGUGCACAUUUUUUGAGUCUAUUCAGCUAUUUUGUUUUUUUUAAAUAUGGGGUCAAAUUGACCCCUAGCACGAGAGAAAUAACAAAAUAGAAAUAAACGGAGAUUAAUACAUUUAUCAUAUUUUGCAUUUUUCAGUCUCUGACAAGCUACAGUAGAGGUUUUCUGUUUUUACAUGAAUCAUUGUUUUUCAGAGUGUCGAUUUUUGUAAAAUUGCAUGAAAACCAGUGGUGCGGGGGGUCAAGUUGACUCCAACACAAAUAUAGUACCCAAAAUGUGUCUUUGCGUCUAAAAACAUUCACGAACGGUUUUUAAAAAAGUGCAGUACAGAAUGCCUCCUUUGUGACAUAAAACACUUGCCAUGCCAGCUUGCUACUGCAACAAAAGCUGGCGACGCUUGCCCCGCCUCCAGUGUCUUCUCAUUGGUCCACUGUUUUGGAUUUUUAUUUAAUUUUUUUUUUUUUUUUUUUUUGACAAUUUUUUUUAUUCGUCUUAAAACUGCAGUGCUCAUGUGCUAGACGCGAGCACAACGGUCAUACGCGACCAUGUAGCGACAUGUUUACAUUGUUCAUUGAAAAUGUUUCCUCCGCUAUAGCUCUCAAAUAUCUUCCAUGAAAUCAAGACACAUUGCUGGUUCUCACAUGAAGACUUUGAUUAGCUAAUUCAGGUGUGUUUAAUUAGGACAGGAGCCAAACUCUGCAGGUUUGGACACCCCUGUACUAAACAGCUCCACGGAGGAAAGCCAUGCAAGUUUGGAAUCACAUUAAACCGAGCAACAGAUUGUGUUACAUUUGUUCACGUGUGAAAGAAAAAGAAAUACGCAGGUUUGUUUUGAGCAGAAUGCUGACUGAGUCUGUGUCUGCGCCUCCCAGAGCUCCUGUGGAUGCGUUUCCAUACUAUUGCCAAAUAACCAUUUGUCACAACAAGCCUGUAUACUUUUGCUUAUCAGACACACUCUGCAUAAGUGGCCAACAUUAAAAUCCUCCACUUUCA